AUGGCGGCGUCAGACUCGUACCGGAAUGGUGCGGUCGUGGAAGAUGAAGUCAUGAGGGAGUCAUUGGAGCAGUGUCAAGCCGCAGAAGACUCGCAAGCCUCUGACAAUGACGGUGGGGAGCGCCCAGUCCGGAACAAGCUCAAGGAAACCUCGAUUACCUCGGCACCUAAGCACACCACCGAAGAGAGUGCGAACGCGCAGGAUGGCGAUUCGAGUAGGAAUAGCAGCCGGGGUAGGAAGCGAUCGUUCGAUGAGGAUCAGCCUGAGUAUACUGAAGACGACCAAGGCCAUAGACGGAAGCGCUCGCGCGACUCGGCCACCGAGGAGGAGAAUGCGAAUGCCGAGGCCCAGCCACAGGAAGCGGAGGAGCUCUCGAGGAAGAUUCUGAGCCCGAAGAAGAAGAGAAGCAGGGAUCAAUUGGAUAAGGACGAGUCCAAGGCUGGCGAUGCCGCGGAGAAAUCGAACCACAAGGCUGCGGAGGAGGUGUCGACAGAGAAGUCUACUAUGGAGGGACAACCCGAGAAGAAGCGACACACGGAUGAUUCCCGAGCGGAGGCGGCUCCUCUUACUAGUGCGUUUGCGAAUACGUCCUCUGUUUCGCCGUUUGGAGCCAUUGGCGCAACAAAAUCGAGGGAAGAGUCGAAACCGAGCGCAGUCACCUCGCCAUCUGCUUUCGCCGCGUCAAGCUUGUCUGCGUUCGCGAGCUCGGAGCAGUCGCCCUUUGGCUCUCUGGGAGGCGCGACCUCUGUCUUCAAGUCCCCCGCGUCGACGGAAACCCCCAAGCCGGCCACCACGGGAUUUGCUGCUGCUGCUGGCACCUCUGGAUUCGCGGCCAUCGGGUCGGGAUUCUCAGGGUUCAGUGGUGGUUUCGGGUCGUCGAGCUCGACGGGUGGUCUGACGAGUUUUGCAGCUCCUGCUGGGCCCAGCGUUCUGACCAGCUCGAAACCCGCCGCUUUCGGCGCCCCCGAAGACGAGGAGGAGAAGGAAGAGGAGGAGGAAGAUGGCGAGACAGGCCCGGGCGAGUUCGAGCAGGACAAGACGGACGAACGGUUCUUCGAGCGGCCGAUCGAGACGGGAGAGGAGAACGAGAAGACGUACUUCUCCUGCAAAGCGAAGCUGUUCCAGUUCUCGGACAGUGAGUGGAGAGAGCGCGGCAUCGGGACCUUUAAGGUCAACGUGCGAAUCACCGACGGCGUCGAGGACAAGAAAGCGGCCCGCAUGAUCAUGCGCGCGGACGGCGUGCUGCGCGUGAUGCUGAACGCGCCCAUAUUCAAGGGAAUGACGGUGGGUGAUGGCGAGGGCAAGGAGCCCAAGUCCAAGCAGAUUCACCUGGCCAGUCUGGAGAGCGGCCGCUCAGUUCCCAUUCUGCUUCGGACGGGACACGAGGACCUGUCGAAGGAGCUGUACCGCGUCGUGCGUGAGCUCCAGGAAUACCAGUGA